UUUGACAUCACGCAGGUUCCAAUCCCCUCUCCCUGCUCUGAUUGGCUGCCGCGCCGUCCUUUCCGCCCCUUCAUUCAAACGUGCGCUGAAUGUAUAUGAGGGCUGUACCCUCCCUGCCAAGAGCCGGUGUCUCCCUGCUGCUGGGCGCCCCAUCUCUCAUUGUACAGGCAGUACCGGGCUCGGUUGUAGGUUUGGGCUUCCUGCCUGUGAGUACCAGCAAAGCACAAGGAAAGGAGCAUCCCCUCUCCCAUAUCUGGACCUGAUCUUUCUGUCUGAAGGGGAGGGGGGAUUCGCUGAGCCAUCUCAAAAAAUAGAAGGGGUGUAGGAGCCGCUGCCUCCCAGACCAACUAAAAGGCACCUUGGGAUCGCUUCCUAUUGUGCAUCACACGUCUGUAUCCCUCACAGGCCGAGGAGGCACCGGCAGCCCUGCUCCCCCCAGGCCCCUACAGCCCCUUGCACCAUUCAGACAGAGCACAAUGCCUGUGGGCGGGGGACCAGCAGCUGAACAUUAGCCUGGCCGGAUCAGUGCCACCAUACUAAAUGGGAUUUCUGGGGUGACUUCGCAUCGUCCAUUUGUUUUCCAUCAUGUUUGAGUUCUAACGGGAGCUAAAAUCCCUUCAGCGCCGCAGGAUACAGGAGCAGCUUCCCGUACAUCUUCCCAUUGCCCGCCAUGGAGGCACUGCACCCAGCACUCCCGCCACCCGCUGCUCCCGGAUAUAUGGAGCUCUUGCUCCGGGGUGGGGGCACAUUCAUGGAUGCCCUAAGGGAAUGCAAGGACUGUGGAUGGGAACUAUCCUUGGCUACCCUAAAGAAACAUGCCAGCCUUACCUGGGCAGAGCUCCUAUGCCUGCUUAUAGGCGCCUUGGUAUGGACUGGCCUAAGAAAGGCAACCACAAGGUGGAUCUUCCAGCCUUUUGCUCAUUGGUGCCUGCUGCACCCAAAAGAAGCCAGUAAAGUCCCAGAGAGUGCCUGGAAGCUCCUAUUCUACACCAUCUCUUGGUCUUACAGCUUCUACCUCCUGUUCUUCACUGAAUACAAUUUCUUCCAUGACCCUUCUUCUUCCUUCCAUGGUUGGAAGUCAGGAGUGCAGGUUCCCAGGGAUAUUGCCAUGGCAUAUCUCAUACAAGGCAGUUUCUAUGCACAUUCUACAUAUGCCACCAUCUAUAUGGACUCAUGGAGAAAAGACUCUAUUGUCAUGAUUCUGCAUCAUGUGGUCACAUUCACUCUUAUUACUUUCUCAUAUGCUUUCCGGUACCACAACAUUGGAAUUCUUGUUCUCUUCCUUCAUGACAUUAAUGACAUACAACUUGAAUUCACUAAGUUAAAUGUCUACUUUAAAACCCGGGGUGGGAGAUACCACAGAAUUAAUGACUUCAUUUCUGAUGUGGGCUGUGUAACAUUCAGCAUGAGCUGGUUCUGGUUCCGAUUGUUCUGGUUUCCUCAGAAAGUUCUCUAUGCUACUUGUUAUUCAAGCCUCGAGUCCGAUCCAAAUAUCCCCUUUUAUUUCUUUUUUAACAGUCUGCUGUUUGUGCUGACACUGAUGAAUAUAUAUUGGUUUUUGUACAUUGUGAUGUUUGUCGUGAAAGUGUUAACAGGACAAGUGAAAGAAGUCAAUGAUGUAAGAGAAUAUGAUGUUAGUGAGAAUCAAAAGUUGGAAGUCCCUGCAAAAAACAACAACACCCGGCACAGGGACGCUCUUAGCAAUGGGCAAUCGAUCUUGAAUGGAUGUGUAAAGAAAAAGAGGAUGUAGCUGAGAAUUGAAUCACAGCCCGCACGUCUCACAUUUAUGCCUUUUGUGGUUAGAACAUUGGGCAGAAGCCAUUUCAUCUCCACAUUAAGGCACUCCACACAAAACACAUCAAAAUGAACUGAAUCGCUCUACUAUCAUUUUAGUCCAUGCAAGACCUUCAUUGAUUUUUUUUUUAAUGUAUACCUCAUUAAGCUAAUGGGUUUAACACAUUAUCUACUGUGAGACUAUGAAAGUGGCACAGAUUUACUAAGGCCUAAGAUGCAUUGCACUUUACAUCAUGUCAUUUUUUUAUUGUGUCCUUUUUGGUGGUCCGCCAUCUAGUGCUUUUACACAGCAUGUGUUUACAUGUGUUCAAUAGACAGUUGUCAGUCUCAGAUGAGGUGAUGCUAGAAUGCAGCCAGUGAGAUCAUGAGUCAGACAGCCAAUAAAACUUGCUGAUACAUAGCUCAGUUAUAGACAAAACUGAUUACUGUGGGGUUGGUUUGUAGCUUCAUGGUGCAAUUGAAUAGGUGUCUUGUGGCAGCACACACCAUAGGAGGCAAGAUCCAGCCCCAUAAUAAUCAUUGGAUUUGCUUAAUUGUCAAUCAAAAAAGUGAUUGUAUUCUAGGGAUCACAGUAUCAUUUUUAUUGACUUGCAGAAUAAUCAAGGCCUUCAUAAGCAGAACUGUCGGACCCUCCAGGACUUUUUCCAUAAGUUUACCCCAGAGCAGGAGGCACAAUGAGGGGGUUCAGGGCAUUAACACAGUGUGGCUAGGGUCCCUAGAUAUCUGCAUGAGCUAGAACCACCCAUGCUCAUAUCCAUAAAUGUAUGUAGACAUCUGGGCAGUCAGUCAUACAUUUUUAUCUCUAUAUUACCCCCCUUAUGUCUUUAGUAAUUCUGUGCCAUAAUCAU